AUGGUUAAGAUCAUCUUCUAUGAGGACAAGAACUUUCAGGGCCGUUCCUAUGAGUGCACCUCAGAUUCAUCAGACCUGACCUCAUAUUUCAGCCGCUGCAACUCCAUCCGGGUAGAAAAUGGCAACUGGAUUCUUUAUGAACAGACAAAUUACAGGGGGCACCAAUACUAUCUCAGGAGAGGAGAAUAUCCUGAUUUCCAGCAAUGGAUGGGUUACAAUGACUCCAUCAGAUCUUGCCGUCUGACUCCACAACACCGUGGUCCAUUCAGAAUGAGAAUUUAUGAGCGAGAAAAUUUCCAAGGCCAGAUGAUGGAGUUCACUGAAGAUUGUCCUCAUGUCUUUGAGCAAUUCCAUUACCAUGACAUCCACUCAUGCAAUGUAUUUGAUGGCCACUGGGUAUUUUAUGAUGAACCCAACUACAAGGGGCGACAGUACUACCUGAAACCUGCAGAGUACAGAAGAUAUAAUGACUGGGGAGCUGUGAACUCCAGAGUUGGUUCCUUCAGACGAGUCAUGUAUCAUUGAUAAAUAUCUUGAAUUAGUAAUAAUAAUAAGAAUGUCAUUAUUAAAUCUACUAAAACUGA